UAUAGGUUGGUGUUGUUUCUCGCCGCCGCCGGCUUGAACUACCGGUUCAACGACAACGAUCGAACGAACGCCGUAAAACGAACAUUUUUGUAUUUUAAAUUAGUACAAAUGUACAAUUUUGUGUACCUAUUCAAGUUUUGACAAUGCUAUGUGCGUAACAAAGUGCACGGUAUACCUUAAACCCUAUUCGUAAGUGCAUAGCGGUAAUACAAAACCUGAUUUUAUGACUUCGAUGUAAGUAUACCUACGUAAAAGUGUUAUAGAGUGACGUUCCUUUAAACUUGUAUAUUUUAUUUUGACUGUUUUGUGUUGAUUAAUAUUGUCUUCUAUGUCUCAUCGGACCCAGCCAAAAGUCAAAGAUCUCAUCAAUGUAGCCACGAUGCAGACAACACGUGAAUCUAGCAGACAAAAACGUUGUAACAAAAGACGUAACUCGAGAAAAAAGUCCUUGUCACCAUCCGAUUUGAAAUGUUCCCGCGGCGACACAAAAACAGACAACAAACUGAAUGGCAAACGUUCAUUAUCAGAAGGAUCAAUGAAGGUGAAACACAGAAAAAGUAACAUACGUCGAACAUUAACGCAUCCCUUCACAUGUACUGAUGAUAUUAGGGAUGUAACUAUGAAUGGAGUGUUCAAUAUGAACGUAAAAGUGGACCCUCCACCUGCUGAAAGUGAUGAAUCCAACCUGCCCCCAACCAGUAGUGAUAGGGACACUGAGGACGAUGGACGAGUGCCAACAAGACUCGUUCCACGAUGGUCCAAAUGGGACUCCGGGAGUGAGAUGGAUUCCUUGGUGUCAACGGUUGUGAGGAGAGCGUCGGCGCGACGUCGCAGGACGCCCGCAAACCCAGAGUGGGGCGUCACCAGUGAACCGGCCGAGGCAAGUGAACCAGAGGCCGGUCGUAUGCGUCCCGAGGACUACCGCCUCGUAUUCCUCAGUUCAGAUUCCUCUUGCCGUGAAGAUACCGAGGACUCUUCAUCGACGGCGUCUUCAGCCGCGCCGCCCGCGCCCGACGACUGUGAUUGGGAUUACUUCGAGCCGGGCGCGGCGGCGGCUUUACCUCUACCACCCACCACAAAACACACACCGCAGGCCUGUCCAAGGCCUUGUUCUUGUGGUGCUGAACCUCGCAUCGUUGCCGUACCAGUGCCAGUGCCUGUUCCCGUACCUGCCGCGCUUUGGCCCACAUUACUCGCCUUUCCAACACAACCACCACCAACGCCACAUUGGAAUACGUACCCUGGUUUCCCACCUCUAGAUGCCGCCGCCCUUGCACGUCUCACUACGGCUGCCGCCGUCGCUGUCACCGCCGCCGCCACAGCCUCCGCCUCCGCUUCUGUUUUACCCCAAACGCAAAAACUGGAAAUGACCACAGUAGAAAGGACCGAUAAGGCGAUACAAUCCAAAACGUCACAAGCGCUGCCGCAUGAUACCGAUAAAAGUGAUAACGUUAUUGAACAAACAAACAACCGCGAAUCGCCAGUCGGAAUAAAGGUGAUAGCCGAGGAGGACUCUUUAUCAGUAUUAUCGGAGCAGGCAGAUAUUGUACCAGGCCACCUAAAUGCAGAAAAAGCCUUCCACUCAUCGACUGAAUCUAGAGAUUCGAGUGAUUCCGAGGGAGGUAUAGCACGAAGAAGUUAUGAUGUGACAAGUGGUGCACCUGAUGAGCCAGCGACAUCAGAUGAAGAUUCAGAUGACUCGGGAGGGGGAGGGGGACGAUUUUCACGAGUAUUUGUAGUGAAUCCUGUAGACUCGUCAUCAGACAUGGAAGAUAACGGUGAUAGUAGCGGGAUUGACUGUGAUGAUCCUUACGACAAGAAAACUGAUAACUUAGACAUAAAUGCUCUGGAAGUGCCAAUUCAAAAUGAGGGCAAUUUUAGCCCGGAGCAAAAUAAUGAUGAUAUUUCACAGGAUAAUUACAGUGUAGUACUUUUAGAUUCUAUAAAUUUUUCACAGGAACACGAAACUAUUCCAUAUGGAACCAAUAGUAACGAAAGUGAUAAUGUAUUAAAAAUGUCAAAUUUUAUUAAAUUUUGUGACGAAAAUAUGCUUCAAAGUGAAACUUGUGAGGAAUUUAAUAGUUUUAAUGCAAGUUGCGGUACAAGUAGUGAUAAUUUUGAUAGUAAAAAUUGUUCAGAUAACGACAAUAAUCAACAUAAAAUUAUACCAGAUAGCAAAAAGUACGAUCUAUUAGAUAAUACUUUCAAUACAGAAAGUAACAUGAAAGUAAAAGUCUCGGUAGAGUUGCCUAAUGAGAAAUUUAAUAACGAAAAAAUAAUUUCUAAUAAAAUUCCGCCCAAAUCAUCGAUGCAAUUAGCGCCAUCACCGGAACCCGAGUAUGGUAAUCCAUCGAGUACAUUAACCGAAGAAAAAAUAGAUCUAUUUAAAGGUAUUCAACGUACAUUGAGCGAACUGUUAAAGAAAGAAUUAAUGGAGGAUCAAGAUGAGGUGAAAAUGUACAAUGCGCAGCCGGUUAGCACGGAGGAGGCGGGGGGCGCAAGCGCACCUGCCGCCACAACAGUUUGCCGCUCGCGCAGCGCACGUACGGACGCUUCCGCGCGCUUCACUAGCCGCGUUAUGAUAACGCACGACUGCGUCUCCGUAGUCACGUCGGAUACGACGCGGCUUAUGCGGGACAUAACAGUGCAUCACACCAACUUACAAAACGAACCAGAAUCAAACGGACAACAUAACGAAACCGAAGAACGAAUAUCCGACGACGAAGUGCCACAGCCUUCAAGCGGAGUGACUGUGGUUAGUAAUGCCGACACUCUCUCGGCGGUCGUGUGUCUCGAGGAGGGGCUUGCAGACGACGAUUCAUGGGUCGAGGACGUCAGCCAUGACGACGAUGAGGCCACUUCACCUUCAGAUACAGAUUCGGGGGAUGAAGCGAUGUUACCCACCCGAGGGGAAGAUUUUGCAUAUUGUCGGCGUUCCAUAGACUUCACUUUACACACAAUUGUCGAAGAAAGCUGCGAAGAAAGCGAAACGGAACACACAACCAAGAAACCGCGACCUGUAUCCGCUACGGAAUUUGAAAAAUAUUUUUUCUUCGGCUUAGGCGACGGGAGAAAUAUUCGUGACGAUGAAGAUCAAGUGUCGGAAGCGUCAAGCGUGUGCAGUGAGGGUGGUGAAUCUAUUGUCGAUAAUGAACAACCGAAAAGAAAUAGUGAUAAUGAUGAACUGGCGUCUUCCCGUUUAGAAAAAUAUUUCUUGUCUGGAUUUAUGGGUUUCAAUCAAGAAAGACGUGAUUCAGAUGGUUCUGGAAGUGUUGGUAGUGACAGCGAAGGGAAACAGAGUCCGGAGCAACGGCGGAAACGGUUAGUUCGUGCUCGUGGAACCCCGCGAUCGCAUUCUUCGUCGUUAGACAACUUGUUGACCGGGGAAGAACCUUGUCAGGAUACCCAGGAAGUAUCAGAUGGGUCUAGUACAGAGACAGAAGUACGACAUGACUCGUCCGAACGACUUGAUAUGCAAGGUGAGUCAAAAAGAAAAAAGCAAAACAAAAAAACGCGCGGCUCACCUGCAGACGAACGACGUCAAUCGACAGAAUUUCCUGAGGAAACACGGGACGACACUAGGUCAGUUUCUGAGGGAGAAGAUGGUCGGUCUACACCUCGCCCAGAGUUCCCACCGCUUGGAUCUGAACUUACAGAAUCCAAGAAACAAGCUAGUAGAGAUAGCGGUUUUGUAGGCAGCUGUGAUGAUUUAUUAAGAAGUGGUGAUUCUAGUUCAGAGUUUACUAGAUCUCACGAACCUAAAAUAGAGUUAGAAGAAAUAAUUGAAGAAAUAAGGCCCGACAUUGAGGAUCGUAUAGAGGGCCCCCCCUCGUCCCAUCCACCUUCAAGUUCAUUAACACGUAAGGAUAGCUUUAAUAAUUGGUCCUCUGACGAGGAAACCAAUCUUAUGAUGUCAAAAAUGAGACAAUUUUUCAAGCAAAUGAUUCAUUCUACAAAUAAUAAAACCACAUCUUCCGUAUCAUCCAAUUCAGAAAGCUCGCGGCCACCAAAACCGCCUCAACUUUUAUAUUUCGAAACUGAAUUAACAAGACUUAUGAAAACGGUACCUGGUAUACGAGACGAGGAAGUACGUGAAAUGGUGGAAUAUCUGUCCAGUGAAGAUACAUGGAGUGAUUCGUAUGAUUCAUCGGAUUAUGCUGGAUCUGAUUUAGAGGGUAACGCAGCCACUAGAUCGGCAUUAAGAAAACAGAUAUCGGAUAGUUGUCGUGAAAUAAUUGACGAAUUUGACCGUGGUAAUAGUGAAGCUGGGUCUCUGGAGCGAGAUGCGGUUGGAGCAUAUCAAAGAUUAGCAGCAACGCUGGGACGUGCGGGUGAAGGUUCUCCACCAUUAUUCGGGAAAGUUAUGCGCCAUAUAGGAGGCAGACUAGUAGCUCUAAUGCAUGACGUAUCUGCCGGUGCAUCUCCUAGUACCGAUGAUGAUAGCGCAUCAGAACCAGGAGCAUUGGCACGGAGUCGAUCCCACGACAUUCUGGAGCCAACGGCAAGUAGAGGAAGUGUUACUAGUGAUAGUGAGAGGUUUUCAUGGCGAGGUAGUUUUGAAUCUGCAUUACUUGCGACGGAUUCACGCGGUACAUUAGGAGGCCCAGGGUGUGAAGCAAGGCGAUCACCAGCUGGUGCUGAUUUGGCAGCCCAAAAGUCACAUUCUCGGAGCUGUGGUGCCAUCGGUGGCAGCGAAGAUCGAUUGUGGCGUGGGAGGAGACGAGCUUCUGCACCAGAUGCAGAGUCUGAGGAGGAACAGCGAUCAGGUUCGCUACCACGUUUACCGUCAAUCACGGGAACCAACACCGCGCCAUCAGGGCCAGUGAAAUCGGCUCGCUAUCGAGCUCCCGGUUUCCGUACAGCCACUCGAGCUGCAUCAGCACCGGGACUGCAUGCACCGAGGAGACGGAGACUACCACCAACACCCCAACAGCCCCCACCAGCAGCGCCAGCGUCUGCUCCUAGCUUACAGGAUGAAACCUUUAUAUCAGAAACGCUGUCGCCCGGCCAUGCAACAUUACCGCGCCGGUCUAACUCGCCGCUACCACACGAAAGGGAUCUGCUGGACAGAGACCAUGGGUACCCGAUCAACAGGAGUGGUCUACAGGCUCGUUCUGAGUCUAUGGCGUCUGUCUACUCUGGAGCUGGUGAGGGAACACGUGCCAGUGUGGCGGUGCGCGGUGAAGUGGAGAUCUCUCUUUUGUACAAUUAUCGGCUUGGCGUGUUCGAAGUCGGCGUCAAACGGUGCCGAGACUUGGCACCUAUUGACGUGAAGCGGAACCGAUCGGAUCCUUAUGUCAAGGUUUACCUAUUACCUGACAAAUCAAAAGCCGGCAAAAGGAAGACUAAAGUGAAGAAGAACACGCUCAACCCCGUGUUCGAGGAGACGCUGAGCUUCCUCCAGCCGCUGGCCUCGCUGUCCUCGCGGACACUGUGGCUCAGCGUGUGGCACGCCGACAUGUUCGGACGGAAUGACUUCCUCGGCGAGGUCACUUUGCCGCUGGCCGACGUCGUGUUCGACGACCCCGCGCCCAUGUGGCACAAGUUGCACGAGAGGACGGAGCAAUUCGACGAGCAGCACGGUAUCCGCGGUGAUCUUAUCAUCGGACUAAAAUUCGAGAUGCACGACAGCGGCUCGACGCGCGGCAAAGGAACACUACACGUAUUGGUCAAGGAGGCAAAGAACCUCGUCGCUACUAAGCCGAACGGAUUGGCUGACGUAUUUUGUAAAAGCUAUCUACUCCCGGAGCGUGGCCGGCUCGCUAAGCAGAAGACGAAUGUGACGAGACGCACUCUGAAUCCUCGAUGGGAGCAUACGUUCACAUAUAGGGGACUGAAGUUGCAGGAGCUCAGCACUCGCGCCUUAGAGCUCAGCCUGUGGGAUCGGGAUAGACUUGCUUCUAAUGAGUUCAUGGGCGCAGUCCGACUCUCGCUUGGAACUGGAUCUUACAUGGGGGCCAACGUCAACUGGAUGGACAGCGUUGGCAAAGAAGUGACACUAUGGCAGACUAUGAUGCAACGUCCUAAUUUCUGGGUUGAAGGUUCCCUACCCUUAAGGCCUCAACUCCACAACUAAAUGCCCACUAUCACUUUUGUGACCAACUUCUUUAGUGUACUAAUUAUUUGUUUGCACAAUUUAAAUGUAUAAGGAAUAAUAUUUGAAUUGUGUGAACCCAAGUAUGUACCUUUGUGCAUCGAAAUUAUAGUUAAGUGCAACUGCAUGUUUCCGUUUUAUAUUCCAAGUUUGUUGUAACGGUAAAAGUCCGCCUACAAUAAUGGAGUUAAUUUAUCUAAGAUUUCGGAUCAUUAUAUCAAAUUAAAACAUUAUAUUUUACUUUUUGUA